UUGAAACGAAUGUGGUUCGUUUGUAUUGCUAGCUGAUAAAUACCGGUGGAUUUGAAUUACUGCUUGAGAGAUGUCCACCGCUCUGGAAAGUUAUAUCAACCGAACCGUGGCUAUCGUCACGUCAGACGGUAGAAUGAUUGUGGGAACGCUGAAGGGUUUCGACCAGACAAUCAACCUAAUCCUGGACGAAAGUCAUGAACGUGUGUUCAGUUCUACGCAGGGGGUGGAGCAGGUCGUCCUGGGACUGUACAUAGUCAGAGGGGAUAACGUGGCUGUGAUUGGAGAGAUUGAUGAAGAGACAGACUCUGCUUUGGACCUGGGCAACAUCCGGGCAGAACCGCUUAAUUCCGUCGUGCACUGAUAAUAUAUCAACCCAAUACCCUCCUCCCUGUCUCAUAGACAAAACACAACACAAGCGCACAUGCACGAAAUACAUGGUGGAGUAAUGAAAUACAGGAGGUUAAAAAAAAAAAGCAUCAUUCUUGGAACUGUAUCAUGUACAAGAGUACCUGUAUGGAUUCAGUUGGAAUAUAUUUCUUUUUUAUGUGUAGAAUAUAGAAUUAAUGCAAACUUUUUACUGUGUCUGGAUAUUAAAUAAAAUGUGUUAA